GUCAAACACAUUUGGAAGUUAAAAUGGGAAAGGAUGUAGUAUAUGUCAAUACCACUGUUUGAAUAGGAAAGCCGCCUGGAGUGACGAUAACCUUUCUCCUGAUGAUUCGAACUCUUAAUUUUAGCCCUUUUUCUCUCCAGAACGCGCAAGGUUCAUUGAAGGCAAUCUGUCAAAGCUUCAACAGAAACCAUGGAGAUGGACGCUCAACUAUUUCUCUAGCUGGCAUACUACAGGGUCAUGUUGGAGUGACAUCAAAUAGAAAUGUCUAUAAUGGUAUUAGGACUUUUUGUACUACUGAAGACAUGUCACUCAAGAAAUGCAUUCCAUGCAACUCAAAGGACUUGAAGCCUAUGACUGAAGGAGCCGCGAACAUCUUGAUGAAGCAGGCACCUCAAUGGAGUUUGGUGGAUGGUGGUGGAGUAAUGAAGCUGCACAGGUCCUGGAAAGUCAAAACGUUCAUGAGAGGAAUGGAAUUUUUAAAUAUGGUUGCAUGUCUUGCAGAGAUAGAAGGUCAUCAUCCAGAUCUCCAUCUUGUAGGAUGGAACAAUGUGAAAAUAGAUAUAUGGACACAUGCUGUGGGGGGGCUUACAGAAAAUGAUUUCAUACUUGCUACGAAGAUUGAUAGGCUUGAUGUGCAGAGUCUUUUGAGGAUUUGAAGUUCCUAAAUAAGUUACUAGUUCGAAUACUUGCUAGGAAGAUCAGUUGUUUGUUUUUAAGAAAUAUACCAAGUAUGAAUUAAAAGGCAAGAAUGGAUUUGAAGCUUCAUCUUUCAUACUGUAUAAGACUUCUAGGCUUUUAGCCCUAACAUAGCUGCAGACUGCAGUUUAUAAAGAAUGCUUCCUCCAACCCAUAUGAACUUUCACUUUUGGCACCGGAAUUAAGAAAGUGAAAUCUGUGAUAGACAUUUAUUCAGACAGCAAACAAUAUCAACUACGUAAUUCCUUUUUCAUAUUUCAGUGAGAAGUUCUUUUUGUGUUUUUCACUUUCUAUCUAAAAAAAAUAAAAAAUGAGAUAGCGGAAUAUAAUAGCAGAGAUUAGCUCUGGACCUUCUGCCCUUUUGGUGAAGAACAGCUCACACCCCCUUCCCUCUCACUAAAAGCUUAAAAUGAGGAAAGGAGAUUGGAUGCCUCUAACAUGCAGUACUUUUUCCCUCCAUUUACCAAUCUGAAGCUCCCUGAUUUUUUUUUCCAAUCUGAAACAGCCUUCUAUCAGCUGCAACUGUGAAAUCACCUAAAUCUGAUGCCAAAUUAAGUUAGUAGUGGUCUUCAAAAUUGAUAGGAAAAAGAAACUCCGCAUUAUAGACUGAAUGAACAUUUGAGAGGGAGCGAGUUUUGUCAUUGCAGUAGCCAAUGAUAGUAGUAGCUCCU